GUCAGACAAGUUCCAGACGGAUGAGGCGGCGUGCCUGAUUUCCGAAGUGAUUCGUUUGUAUGAACCCACGAGCCAAAGGCGUCUACAGCCACACGUCAGUAUUGAUCCGGACAGGUGGUCUGUGCAGCCGACAGUGUUUUGAUGACAUUCAUCAGCAUUAUUAGCUAAGUUAAUUAGCCGGCUAGUUCGGAGAAGCACGUCGUUAACACCGGGCCGCAUCAUCUGUGGACAAUGAAGAAGGUUGCUCUGCUGCUGAUUGUUUUGCUCGGCGUUGCACAUUUUGCAACUGUUAUCAGAUGUGAAGAUGAUGUUACAGAGGAGAAGGAGGAGACUGAUGAAGAGGACAGUGAUGAUGAUGAGGAGGAGGAUGAUGAUGACGACACAGAGGUGAAAGAAGAUAACGGAGUGCUGGUUCUCACCGACAGCAACUUUGACCCUUUCAUGCAGGGCAAAGACACAGUUCUGGUUGAGUUUUAUGCCCCAUGGUGUGGCCACUGCAAACAGUUUGCCCCAGAGUAUGAAAAAAUUGCUCAGACUCUCAAGGAGAACGACCCUCCUAUACCUGUGGCCAAAGUGGACGCAACAGUAGCCACUGAGUUAGCGAACAAGUUUGAAGUGUCCGGUUAUCCCACCAUCAAGAUCCUGAAAAAUGGGGAACCUGUGGACUAUGAUGGAGAAAGGACAGAGAAGGCUAUUGUGGCCCGGGUGAAAGAGGUGGCUAAACCAGAUUGGAAGCCCCCUCCUGAGGCGACGCUGGUGCUGACCAAGGACAACUUUGAUGAGACCGUUAACAACGCGGACAUCAUCCUGGUGGAGUUCUACGCUCCAUGGUGCGGACACUGUAAGCGUUUGGCUCCAGAGUACGAGAAAGCAGCCAAGGAGUUGAGCCAGCGCUCUCCUCCCAUUCCUCUGGCCAAGGUGGACGGCACUGUGGAGAGUGAGAUCGCCUCACGUUUUGAAGUUACAGGCUAUCCCACCCUCAAGAUCUUCAGGAAAGGCAAGGUGUUCGACUACAAUGGACCCAGAGAGCAGCACGGUAGGUCACUUAUACUAUGGACACUAAUACAGGUCUUUCAGGUCUAUCCUUGCUGUUUUCUAUGUAUGCAGGCCUGUAUGCAGACAUUCUAUUUUUGUUCAGCCAUCACAAUUGAUCCAGUUUCCACUUUCCCUGUAGGCAUUGUUGACUACAUGGGUGAGCAGGCAGGGCCUCCCUCCAAGCAGGUCCAGGCAGUAAAACAGGUACAGGAGCUCAUCAAGGAUGGCGACGAUGCUGUCAUAGUCGGUGUGUUCUCCAGUGAACAGGACGCAGGUUAUCAGAUCUACAUUGAGGCUUGUAAUGCACUGAGGGAAGACUUCACCUUCCGGCACUCCUUCAGCUCUGAAGUGAUCAAACUGCUCAAAGCUUCGCCCGGUCAGAUUGUCAUCGUUCACCCUGAAAAGUUCCGCUCCAAGUACGAGCCAACGUCACACACACUCGCAGUCAAGGACUCUACAUCGGUGUCAGAAGUGCAGGAGUUCUUCAAAAAGCAUGUGAUUCCUCUGGUGGGCCACAGAAAACCAAGCAAUGAUGCCAAGCGCUACGCCAGACGACCCCUGGUGGUUGUGUACUAUGGAGUUGACUUCAGCUUUGACUACAGGAAAGCUACGCAGUUCUGGAGGUCCAAGGUGCUUGAGGUGGCCAAGGACUUCCCAGAGUAUGCAUUUGCCAUCGCUGAUGAGGAGGACUUUGCAGAAGAGCUGAAGAGCCUGGGCCUGAGCGAGAGUGGAGAGGAAGUGAAUGUGGGAAUUCUGGCAGAUGGAGGCAAAAAGUUUGCCAUGGAGCCAGAGGAGUUUGACUCUGAGGUGCUGAGAGACUUUGUUAUGGCUUUCAAGAAAGGAAAGCUCAAACCCAUCAUCAAGUCCCAGCCAGUGCCAAAGAACAACAAAGGACCAGUUAAGGUUGUGGUAGGAAAGACCUUUGAUGAAAUAGUCAUGGAUACCCAGAAGGAUGUCCUGAUCGAGUUUUAUGCUCCCUGGUGUGGCCACUGUAAGAAAAUGGAGCCCGAUUAUUUGGCACUGGGCAAGAAGUACAAGGGGGAGAAGAACCUGGUGAUCGCCAAGAUGGACGCCACAGCAAACGAUGUGCCAAAUGAGAGCUACAAAAUGGAAGGUUUCCCUACAAUAUACUUUGCCCCAAGCAACAGCAAGCAGAGCCCCAUCAAAUUCGAAGGUGGAGACAGAACAGUAGACGGGCUCAGCAAGUUCUUGGAAAAGCACGCCACAAAGCUAUCACAGAAGAGAGACGAACUUUGAAAAUAUCUCCCUCGACAAGUAGCUAAGAACUCUUACCGUGCUCGGGCAGAGUCUUAGAGGACGCUGAGGCCUCUGGGAACGUGAAGGGAACGCAGUGGAGUUACUGAGUUGCUGUGAUGAUUAUAAUGUUCAAUCAUCUUUUUAGUUUCUGUUCAUUCCAAGAGAUUCCACUUUCUUCUGUUUCUAAAAGCAUGUAAGCACUGUUGAAGGUUUAAGUCUUUUUAAAUAAAACUUAAAAAUGAUGGCGGCUUUGUGGGCCAGCACUUAAA